UUCGCCCGCGCACCGCCUGCUACACUGCUGAAACCAAUCAAGCCUCAACCUCGCCCACUUGCGACGCGCCCGCCAGAGCCUCUUAAUGCUACUGACCGCUAGAUACUAUCCCCCAUGCUCCUCCACUCGCCUUCCCGUUGUUUUCCUCUCUUUACUUCGUUUCUCUGUACCUAAUUUUCAAUUCCAACCAUCGUCGUUCGCGAGCUCGCCGGACGGCUCUGCAUCGACUUCCAUUCAUUCAUACACUCAAGUGCAGCAGGCCUCUGCCAAUCUCCAACUGAGUGACACCCUUAGACCGACUGCGACCGUCCCGUAGGACGAUUAUCCGCCGCCAUGCCCACCAAGCUGAUGAUGAUCUUUGUGGGGCUGGACUUCGUCUUUGCUGGAUGCGGAGGACUGCUGCUAGGCUUCUCCUUGAUGUCCGAACAGCGGAUGCGAGAGUCUCCCAGGGUGGACAACGUCACCGAAAAUCUGCUCCUCGGCCAAUGUCCACUGACAGGCGGCGUCGUAAACGCUGUCUUUAUCUUCGUCACAUUCCUGCUGUCCCUACCUGCGCUGUUUCUCCCGGCCAAUCGAGGCUGGCUACGUACGCAAGGCUGGCUGGUCGUCAUCUGCGCCACUUUUACCCUUGGACUCGGUCUCGCAGUGUGGGUAGACACUCUGCAAACUCGUGCCCACCUCGGCGAGCUCUGGCAGCGCGAGGCGCCUCUCAUCCAGAGUCUGCUGCAACAGAAGUUUGAUUGCUGCGGAUACUUUAACUCGACUGCACCUCCGUUUGUCCAGGAUGGUACCUGCAUCAACUCGCUCGUUGCUGCGCAAAAGGGUGGCUGCAUCGGGCCAUUCUCAUCGUUCGCCAACAGAUACCUCGACCUGAUCUUCACUGCUGCAUUCGGUAUCGUCGGUGUCGAUGCGCUUCUCGUAUUGUGUGUCGCGAUGGUCCUCCAGUACAGGUCGGAACAGGAGCGCUACAGGCACAUUGACGAGAAGAACGGUCUUGGUGGAUUGUAGUAGGGGUACGAAAAAAUACAUGGAGGGGUGGCAAUGUGUAGAGGAAGUGUCCAGAUGGGUUUUGCAAGAGAUGGCUGGACAGCUCGUGACCAUAUCGACUAUCUGAACGUCUCUUACUUUCCCAA